CAAGUGGGAGGUUACGUGCAUCAAAAGUACGCUCGGCACCGACGCAGUUCCUCCCCCCCUCUCUCUCUGUGUGUCUCUCUCUGUGUCUCAGUCCCUGACAAGUGCAGAUCCUCUAUGACCAUCCCCAGAGUGAGAGCUGCUGGCUCCCCACCCCGUCUCUCUCUCACACACACACACACACUCUGGGGUUUCAAAGCAGCAUUCCCCCAGUGUUUCCUGCCCCCUUCCCUCCACAACAUCCCGGGAUUCUGAGCCGCAGGUAUUGAUCGAACUCUCCCAGAAUGAGGGCUCAGAAAAUGCCCUUGGACUUCGGUGGAGAGGAAGCAGCAAAAGCCUUCCCGAGUAGACUUUUAACGGCUGUGGUGAUCGGUUGUGUUUUAUUUCAAGCUAAUGAAGCCAUUGAAGUUCACAUUGGAAAAUUGUCAACAAUUGUGGUACUGAACGGCACUGAUGUCGAGUUGCCCUGUACGUUCGGUAGUUGCAUGGACUUCAAAAACUCCAUUUUCUGGUGGACAUUUCAGAAAAACCAAACGAGUGAAGAAUCGAAAAUUAUUCGUAUUGAACUAAAAGAUAAGACACCCCACAUCUUUCCAUCUGAGACGUAUGACAGAGUUACAUUUAUUGGGAAUAUUAAAGAGAAGAAUAUUUCCCUUUUGCUUGCAGACGUGGAUUUUGAGGAUAAUGGAUUCUAUAAUUGUUACUUCAAAAACCCACAGGAAAAUAAUCAUGAGGCGAAUGCGUCUCUUCAACUAAAGGUUGUCAGUGAAUUGGUAAAAGUGGACAACACAGUGACAGUGAUCAUCCUGACUGUGAUUGGAGGGUUAAUAGGACUCAUCAUUCUAAUAUUUAUUAUUAAAAAGCUUGUAAUGUUUAUAAUUAAGCGAGUUGGAAAGAAGAAGAAGGAGUGCCUGGUAAACUCCUGUGCCAACACUGAGCGUGGACAUUAUGGUUCCAAAACCGACCUCAAAACCCCACCAAAGGCUUGAAGAUUGCACCGAUUUUAGCAUCAGUGCUUAAAGACAUGUGACGUGCCUAUAAAAACACUAGCGGGUACACACAGUUUGUAAGGUAACCUGAUUAUAGAAUGGGGAGGGGAGUGGGUGAAUUGUGCACUGAUUGCGCGGGAGAGUUGGGCCAUCCAUUUGAGACAUCACAGUCAUGGACAUGACUUCAUUCCUGACCGCCCGCUCACAUGUACUGCCUACCUCUCCCUUCCCUGAUCCUCAGCACUGUCACAUCCAGCUCGGAGAUGCUAUCUCAUGCAACUUCAUCGACCUUGCUGCAUGCAAUUCAAUUCAUACAGGGAUGUACACCAGCUGUGUAGCACCAGACUUGUGCCGCAUGAUGCCUUUUAUGCCAGGGUUUUACUGUACUUUUCAACUCCUUCCUUUUGACUUGAUUGUGCCCCUUGAGAUAAAUUGGCUCUCCCGCAGUCAAUGACGAGUUAAACCAUGCCAGGGCAUCUCUCCUGACUAACCCACAAUCGUGCUGGGAAGGCCGGGAGGUUGCUGAGAAUCUAAAUUCACUCUGCUGGAACCCAAGUUUUUUUUUCGUCAUUGGAAAGAUCUUGAGAAAUGUCAUCCGUUGCAGAGACAUAUUUAGCCAAACCAGGAAUACAAUGAUUAGGCAAGUUGGUUUAAGUUUAGUUGAUGGCUGCUUACAGUGAAAAAUCCUAAAGAAGUGUCAUUCCGGAAUCAAAAUGUUAACUGUUUUUCUCUCUCUCCUGAUGAAGGGCUUUUGCUCGAAAUGUCGAUUUUCCUGCUCCUCGGAUGCCGCCUGACCUGCUGUGCUUUUCCAGCAUCACUCUAAUCUAGACCCUGUUUCUCUCUCAUGCCAGACCUGCUGAGUCUGUCUUUUACUUCAGAGUUCCAGUCCAUUAUAACAGCUGUAAAUUUGUGCUCAGCUAACUGGGUUAAACUAACUAGCAAGUGUUGGUGGCAGCUGCCCCAAAACAGCACAGGAAUAAUUCCUAUUGGGAAGCAGUGCUAUCAGGGACAUCUCUGAGAGAUUUCCAGUUCAACGGCAUUGAUAUGGGUUCGCUUUGGGAAGGUCCACUUGUAGUUUGAAGCUUGGCUGUCUGUGAAUGUAGACUGGGGCAAUAGUCAGAGAUGCCAUUGUUUCUCACUCCCCAGAAACCUAAUUUUCUUGUCACCACAUAUAACUGGGAGAAAAGUGUAGCAAAAGAGGGUAGAAACUGAGAAAAUUUAUGGUGUGGAAGGCCAUUCGCCCCAUGAUAUCCAAAGUGGACAGAAAAAAGCUACUACCUCUUAUCCCACCUUCCGGCUCUUAGUCUGUCACUGUGUUAGUUACAACAUUCAAGAUAUAGUCCAAAUCUUUAAAUGCAAUCAGGAUAUGCUGUCACUCAAUCAGUCCUUUGGAUAGUGAGUUCCAGACCUUUACAGCUGUCUGGGUGUAAAACCUGCUCCUCAAAGUGUCUGUAAUCUAGAUAUACCUUUUAAUUGUACUUAUCAUCCAUCAUAAGGUCAGAAGUGGGCACAACACUCCUGCACAACAUUCCUGCACCAUUUGCUACUCCUCAAAUACUGAAGCAGUCUUUGUUCAAAUGCAACAAAAUCUGGACAAUGUCCAGGCUUGGGCUGACAAGUGGCCAGUAACACUUGCACCUUAGAAAUGCCAGGUAAUUACCAUCUCCAAUAAUAGACAAUCUAAGCACUGCCCCUUGACAUUAAAUGGUGUUACCAUCACUGAAUCACAAUGAACCACUUCCUACUGACCAAACACACCACAUAAACAAAAUGGCUACAAGAGCAGCUCAGAGCUAAGUAUACUGCAGUGAUUAACUCACCUCCUGACUCCCCAAAGCAUGUCCACCAUCUACAAAAUACAUAUCAGGAGUGUGAUGGAUUACUUCCUACUUGCCUGAAUGAGUGCAGCUCCAACAAUGCUAAAGAAGCUUGACACCAUCCACGACAAAGCAGCCCACUUUGUUGGCCAUGAAUCCACAAGCAUCCACUCCCUCCACUACCCAUGCUGUGUAGUGAUGGUGUGUGCCAUCUACAAGAUGUACUGCAGAAAUUCACUAAAGAUCCUCAGACAGCACCUCCCAAACCCAUGACCACUUCCAUCUAGAAGGACAAGGACAGCAGGCACAAAGGAACACCACCCCCUUCAAGUUCACUUCCAAACCACUCACCAUCCUGACUUGGAAGUAUAUCAUCGUUCCUUCAAUGUCACUGGGUCAGAAUCCUGGAAUUCCCUCUCUAAUGGCAUUGUGGGUCAACCUACAGCACUUGGAUUACAGCAAUUCCAAGAAGGCAGCUCACCCCCACCUUCUCAAGGGCAACUAGGAUCAGGCAAUAAAUGUUGGGCCAUCCAGGGCCACCCACGCUCCAUGAAGGGAUUAAAAAAAAGUUUGUAUCAAUAUGCCCCCACUUAUCAAAUCUCUGUAAUACCUUGGUGCAUGUGUUGGAAACUCUCAGUACAUUGGCAUAGCUGUCACUGACACUUGUAGCAUAAAGCUACAUUAUCAGAGUGACCAUAAGAGGAGGCCAUUCAGCCUUCUGUUCUUGCUCUGUCACAGAAUUAGAUUGUGGUUGAUUUGUACCUGUACCUCAAUCUGACCAACAUUACUUGACCUCCUUUGAUUCCCUUCCAUCACAGAAAUCUAUCAUCCUCAACCUUAGCAGCUUUAAUUGACUCUCAGUAUUUUGGAAAGAAUGUUCCAGAUCUCCACUAGCCUUACAUGAAGAAAUGUUUCAUGAUUUCACUCCUGAAGCGCAUGGCUCUGAUAAUCCAAUUCUGUCCGUUUGUCCUUGAUGCCCAUUGGAGAAAAUAUUUUCCUCUCUCCACUCUCUCAAAUCCUUUAAAGACCUUGAUGACCUUUAAAGACCUCCAUAUUCUGAACACAAGAGAUUACAAGCCAAGUUUGUGUAGCACAUCCUAUGCAAUUCAGUCCUUCCAGCUGUGCAUGUCUCUGCAUUCCUCCAAAACCUGUAUAUGCUUCCUGAUGUAAUGAUUGGAACUAAACAUAGUUACUCCAGAUAAUGUGAGACCAAGGCUCUGUUCGAUUGAAAUGUAACCUCACUUUGUAUAUGCUUUGAGCUAAAGGCCAACAUUCCCUUAGCCUUCAUGAUCAUAACAUAUACCUGUUCACAUUAGACCUUGGACUUAUUCCAGUUCAUCCCAUGUAAUAGGUACCAUUCGUCCUAUCCUUCCAAA